AGCCUGAGAGCUUCACCUGGAAAAGUUCAAGAAGAAUAGCAAACACCAAACUUCAUGCAUAUGGGCUGAUUGAAAACUCUUAAGAUUUGAAAUGACAACAGGAGAGUUUGCAUGUUGAUUUUUGCUUGGAAGACACAUCAGAAGAAUGGCGCUGACUGAUGCCGAGUUUGGACUGAAGAGCAGCAGUCUCAUCAGGGAAUGGAGCGGACAGGUCCAACCAGCUCUGAUAGCAUCCUUCAUCAUCCUCUUCUUCCUCGAAGCCUGUUUGUGGGUCAGGAAUCUCACGUUCAAGAGGCGGCUGCCCGGACCGUUCGCCUGGCCUUUGGUGGGGAAUGCCAUGCAGCUGGGACAAAUGCCACACAUUACCUUUUCCAAGCUGGCCAAGAAGUAUGGCAACGUCUACCAAAUCAGACUUGGCAGCAGUGACAUCGUGGUGCUGAAUGGAGACUCGGCCAUCCGGCAGGCGCUCAUUCAACACGCCAGGGAAUUCGCCGGACGACCCAAUUUCUUGUCUUUUCAGAUGAUUUCCGGGGGUCGAAGCAUGACGUUCAGCAACUACAGCAAACAGUGGAAAAUUCAUCGCAAAGUUGCCCAGUCCACUCUGAGGGCAUUCUCAUCUGCAAACAGCCAAACCAAAAAAGCAUUUGAGCAACACGUUGUAGGAGAAGCCAUGGACCUGGUGCAGAUGUUCCUCAGGCUUAGUGCAGAUGGACGAUACUUCAAUCCUUCCCAUGAAUUCACAGUCGCCGCUGCUAAUGUCAUUUGCGCGCUGUGCUUUGGGAAACGCUACGGCCAUGAUGAUCCAGAAUUCAGGACACUCUUGGGCCGAGUGGAUAAGUUUGGUGAAACCGUCGGAGCCGGUAGCUUAGUUGACGUCAUGCCUUGGCUGCAAUCUUUCCCCAAUCCAGUACGGAGCGUCUAUCAGAACUUUAAGGUUAUCAAUGAUGAGUUUUUUGCUUAUGUGAAAGACAAAGUUGUGCAGCACCGUGACACAUACAACCCCGGCGUCACCCGUGACAUGAGCGACGCCUUCAUUGGUGUGAUCGAGCAUGGCAAAGACAGCUCACUGACCAAAGACUUUGUAGAAGGCACAGUCACCGAUCUCAUUGGUGCAGGACAAGACACUAUGUCUACGGUAAUGCAAUGGAUACUUCUGCUUUUAGUCAAAUAUCCAUCAAUGCAGACCAAACUUCAAGAGCAGAUUGAUAAAGUUGUCGGGCGUGAUAGACUCCCUUCAAUAGAAGACAAAAGCAACCUGGCUUACCUGGACGCAUUCAUCUACGAAACCAUGCGCUACACCAGCUUCGUCCCGGUCACCAUUCCUCACUCCACCACUUCAGACGUGACCAUCGAAGGACUCCACAUCCCCAAAGACACUGUGGUGUUCAUCAACCAGUGGUCCGUCAACCAUGACCCUCAAAAGUGGCAAGACCCUCAUAUCUUCAACCCGUCAAGGUUCUUGGAUGAAAACGGAGCCCUGGAUAAAGACCUCACCAACAGUGUCAUGAUCUUCUCAACAGGUAAGAGAAGGUGCAUUGGUGACCAGAUUGCCAAGGUGGAGGUUUUUCUGUUCUCCGCAAUCCUGUUGCAUCAAUGCUCAUUUGAGAGCAACCCGUCUGAACAUCUCUCCAUGGACUGCUCAUAUGGUUUAACACUGAAGCCUCUCCAUUACAUAAUCUCAGCUAAACUCAGAGGGAAACUCUUUGGCUUGGUUUCACCAGCGUGAGUAAAAAUCAUCAGUUACUCACCAUCAUGCUCAUUUUGUGACUUAACACCAGCAAAGACUGAAAAUAAUGCAAAUGUAUUCCACAUAAAGCUGCACUGAACACAUAUUUAAUAUUUAACAAAUAUUCAAUCAGUUUACAUGUUUGCAAUGAUUAAAUCAACAGAUUUAAUCACAUCCAUAGAAUAUGCUGUCAGGUCUUUGAAGGUGCUCUGAUAUAUAAGUGAGAAAAUCUUCAACUGUUGUAAUCUAUCUUUAAAGGUAUACUUCACCAAAAAUGGAUAAAACCUUCAAACCAGUAUGACUUUCUUGCCUCUGUGGAACACAAAACAUGAUGUCUGGCUGAAUGUUAGCCUCAUUCACCAUUUUGUAUGGAAAAAAAGAUGCAAUGAAAGUUAACGGUGACUGAGGCUUACAUCUAAUUUGUGUUUCACAGAAGAAAGAAAGUCAUACGGUUUUAGUUCGACAUGCAGGGUGAGUCAAUGACAGAAUUUUCAUUUUUGGGUGAAUUUUCCUUUUAAAGAUUACCAGCUAUAUUUUGUUUUCUUGUGUGUACUAAAUUACCUCAAAGCAUCAAGGGAAUUUCAGCAGGACUUCAGUAUGAAAGGUUCAUGGUCAAAUACUAAGCAACAAUCACUUGUAGAUGCAUCAAACAUUAUUGGAUAAUAUCCUGCAAUUGUUUGUUUGUGGAUAUUGAGUCAUGUUAAUUUGCAACAGCUGUUUGUAGGGCUGCAAGGAGUUUCACUUCCUUUCUAUCAGCCUGACUCAUUUUAAUGCUGAUUUUGCAUAGCAGUGCAUUAAACUAUGCUUGCAAUAAGAUGUAUACAGUCUGAUUAUAUAUUUCAGGUAUUUUAAGUAUUAGGCAAAUAUUUAUACGUAUUACGCAAUAUUUUUUUCUCUAUAAAGUCUAUUCUUUAUUAAUUCGUAUUUUAUGUAAUGAGACUCUACAAAAAGCUGGAAGCGUCACUUGAUGACAGUUAUUAAUGUCCGUAAAUCUAAUUUUAGCCAGUCAACGUGCAAUAAAUGCCUUGCUGUAACCAUGCAAUAUGUCAAAGACACCUGAGUGUGUCCUAAUGCUCAGCAUAUCAGUCAAUGAAAGAUGAACUCACCCAACGUAUGUACAAAAAAAGCUCUUUAUACUGUGUACAAAACCACCAGACUAAAUCAGAGCUAAUCCCAAGAUAUGUUUCUUUUUUGCAUUACAUACAUUAUGGUAAAUGUUCACACUGAAUAUUUUGAAAGUUCUUUAUAAUAAAGUGCAUGUUUUCAGGAUAUUAUACAUUUUCUAAUGCCUUCUAAAGGCAUUUUUUUUUUUUUUUUAUGUAUUCAUGGAAAAUAAGCUACAUCUGUAAUAAAUAAAGUGAUGUUUUAAAGCCACUUGCAGUCAGUCUGUCUGUUGUGACAAAAAUAUGUCUAAUACUCUAUAUGAAAAUGAGCUAUAUACGGUUUAUUCAUACAUAUUGACUUAAGUCCGCCCAUAAACCACAGCUAGGCAUCUAAAUCAUUGCUAUAUAAUCACAACUGUCUGCAUCUGUUCUAUUUCAUACAGACAUUGUCUCUUUAUAUGUCCUUAUUGCUUGUUUUAUUGGCAAUAUGUCUCUGUUUGCAUUCAGUUUCUAGGCUAUUUUUGCAAAACCACAAUCUUUAAGGUCAAAUUAUCUUAUUAAAUUUAUAUAACCGUCAUUAUUCUAACUAUAGCUCAUGAUAAACACAUAAUGAGGUGUUUAACUCCAUUGUUUGUAUCUGCUUUGUCUAAAACAUU